CAGCAUCCUGAGGUUAGCAUUUAACUUCUCCCAGUGGAGCCCAUGACUUCUGAUCAGGACACUAAAGUUGUGGCUGAACCGCAGGCGCAGCGAGUCCAGGAGGGCAAGGACAGCUCUCAUCUGAUGAAUGGUCCUGUAUCUCAGACGACUUCUCAAACAAAUUCCAUCCCAGCUCUGAGUCAGGUACCAACAACUAAGGUUUCAGAGCUAAACCCCAAUGCAAAAGUAUGGGGGUCUCAUAUGUUACAUUUGGAAGCAAGUAAUGCAGCUGUUGGUGUGAAUGCCGCGUGGGAGGAGGCAGCCAGCCAUCAUGCAGACUGCAGCGAGCAGGGAUUGGAUGCAAAUGGAGAUGGUGACAAAAGCCAUGAGAAUAUGGUAUUACCAGACUUACAAGAGUCAGACCCAGUAGGCAUGAACACUUUGACUCUGGAUCACUCAGAGAAUGAACCUCUGCAUGAACACAGUGAAACAGGAGAAAAUGAAUCUCAGCCAGAAAACCAUGAAGAUCCCCGAGAAGUGCUUAAGAAAACAUUGGAAUUCUGCUUGUCUAGGGAGAAUCUUGCAAGUGACAUGUAUCUUAUAUCACAGAUGGAUAGUGAUCAGUAUGUGCCAAUCACAACAGUAGCUAACCUUGACCAUAUCAAGAAACUCAGUACUGAUGUGGAUUUGAUUGUUGAAGUGCUAAGAUCUUUACCCUUAGUCCAAGUUGAUGAGAAGGGUGAAAAAGUAAGGCCAAAUCAAAACCGUUGCAUAGUUAUAUUACGUGAAAUAUCUGAAUCUACACCUGUGGAAGAAGUAGAAGCACUCUUUAAAGGAGAUAAUUUACCGAAAUUUAUAAACUGUGAAUUUGCCUAUAAUGAUAAUUGGUUUAUUACGUUUGAAACAGAAGCUGAUGCACAGCAGGCUUACAAAUACCUACGAGAAGAAGUCAAAACUUUUCAAGGAAAGCCAAUUAAGGCACGGAUAAAAGCAAAGGCAAUAGCUAUAAACACAUUUUUGCCAAAGAAUGGAUUCAGACCUCUCGACAUGAGCCUUUAUACACAGCAGCGUUACGCAACAUCUUUUUACUUACCUCCUGUGUACAGUCCUCAGCAGCAGUUUCCUCUGUACAGCCUGAUCACCCCCCAGACAUGGUCAACAACACACAGUUAUCUCGAUCCACCCUUGGUAACUCCGUUUCCAAGUACUGGAUUUAUAAAUGGGUUUACGUCUCCAACCUUUAAACCUGUGGCAUCUCCUCUGACAUCACUCAGACAGUAUCCUCCUAGAAGCAGGAAUCCUAGUAAGUCUCAUCUGCGCCAUGCGAUUCCUAGUGCAGAGAGAGGGCCUGGGCUGCUAGAAAGUCCUUCAAUAUUUAACUUCACUGCAGAGCGAUUAAUUAAUGGUGUCCGGAGCCCACAGACGAGGCAAGCAGGGCAAACUAGAACACGAAUACAAAACCCUUCAGCUUAUGCCAAGAGAGAGAUUGGAACUGGGCGUGUGGAGCCAAGUAGUCUUGAAUCCUCUCCUGGUUUAGGGAGAGGAAGGAAAAAUUCCUUUGGCUACCGGAAGAAAAGAGAGGAGAAGUUUACAAGCAGCCAGACUCAGUCUCCAACGCCACCAAAGCCUCCAUCACCAAGCUUUGAACUGGGGCUGUCCAACUUCCCUCCAUUACCUGGAGCUGCAGGCAACUUGAAAACAGAAGACUUAUUUGAAAAUAGGCUAUCCAGCUUGGUAAUAGGAUCUUCAAAAGAAAGAAGCCUCAUUGCAGAUGCAAGUACAAACACCAUUCCUGUAGUGGUUCCCAGAGAGCCUUCGGUGCCAGCCCCCUGUGUGCUAUCAGCAGCCUAUGAACGUUCCCCUUCCCCAACCCAUUUACCUGAGGAUCUCAAAGUGGCAGAAAAGCAGAGGGAAACCCACAGUGUGGACAGACUCCCUUCUACCCCUACUAAGACUGCAUGUAAAUCAGUGCAGGUAAACGGAGCUGCCACAGAAAUGCGAAAGCCCAGUUAUGCAGAGAUUUGUCAGAGAACGAGUAAAGAGCCUCCUUCCUCCCCAUUGCAACCCUCAAAAGAACAGAAGCCAAGCACUGUCGGUUGUGGGAAAGAAGAGAAGAAGCUUGCUGAGCCUGUGGAGAGAUACAGGGAACCACCUGCCCUCAAGUCCACUCCUGGAGCCCCCAAAGACCAGAGGAGGCAGCCUGGGCGCCGACCCUCACCACCAGCUGUUGGGAAGCGUCUCAGCAAAGAACAGAACACUCCCCCCAAGUCUCCUCAGUGAAAACUGGAUACCUGGGAGGGGUCACAAAGAGUGUAUUCACCACAAAAGAAACUCUCCCCACUUAGAGAAUGAGCCGCUGGUUAGGAGCUUGCAGUGUCUAGGAGGCCCAUGGGAUGCCUGCAAGUUAUUUUUCUUCUGUGAGUUGGAUUUUUCCCCUCUUGAAAAAAAUCUAUUUUUCAGGAUUUAAUUAAUAUAAACCUUAUUUUAGGUUGGUGCUUAACUGGAGGUGAUGCAUAAGUCUGAUUUUUUUUUUCAGGAUAGAAAAUGCAUUCUAAUAAAUUGUUAUUUUUUAAUUAAGCCUCCACAUGGCUCUGAAUGCAAGGUAUAUAUGAGUUUUCUAAAUUAAGGGACUAUGCCUCUUCAUUUUUAUUUAUUUUUUUUUUAAAUAACUGGUCUGCAAGUGCACAUGGUUCAGGUAUCCCAGUAGAUGGGUAAGGCUGGCAGUGCCAGGUCACUGACAUACUGGCACUGGAGCUGUAUUUUCAACUGUUAACAGAUCAUUCUAGCUUUAAAAAAAAAAAGAUACGUAUAUGUAUGUAUAUAUGCAUAUAUAUACAUAUAUGUGUGUGUAUAUAUAUAUAUAUGUGUGUGUAUGUAUGUGUGUGCAUAUAUAUGUAUAUAUAUACAUAGAUAGGUAGGUAGAUAGAUAGAUAGAUAGAUACUUUUUUAAUCUAGUGGGCAGAAUGAACCUGCACAGAGCACUCGAAAAAGAUUCAAUCCUUUGAGUUUUGAUGUACUGCAAGCAAGUAACCAGCUUCUCACUCCAGUUCCAAGUGGCUAUUACAGAAAAUAAAUUCAAAGCACAUUGUGAAUAGAACCUAAAUGAAAAUAUCAACCUUGUUGCCCACUGACACCACACCAUGAAGGUGACCCAUGAUGUCGUUUUGAUCUCUGUGAGCUGGCUGCCUGGCUCCUGGCCUGUAUGCCUGUUCUGUGCACAUUUCUGUCAUGUCUCCCCCAAGCACUCUCAUUGGAGAGUCCACAUCUUAGCCAGCUCCAUGUGGAUGUCUUCCUGUACUUCUGCAUCAGCACAUGGAUUUCAAAGUAUGUAACCGUGACAGAAUGGUGUUUUUGGGUUUCACCUCUCUUUGGCUGGUGGAGGACAGAAAUUUCUGCUCUUUUUACCUCCAAGAUGAGGGCCUCAUUGAUUCACUUCUAGAAGUACUGCACUUCUGAAGAACAAGAAUGCACUAAAGUUAGCAAGUUUAUAAUAAAGUUAAAUAUAAAUUAUUUUGUUUUUAAAUGCCUCAAACUUUUCUUUAAGUGUUCUAAGCAGCAGACAUUAAAAUAUUUCUUGCUAAAUGUAACCAUACAGUUUAUUCCACAAAAUGUUAUUUAACAAGACUGAGGUUAUUUUUUUUAAAGACAAAAAUGAUUUCCAUCCAAUAUUUAAAGACUUGAAUUUUAUUUAAACUUGAAAAUGACUUUGCCUUAACUUUUGUAUAAGACAGCUUAGAGCUCAUGGAGACCGGCCCCUGGGUUGGCAGGAGUGGAUCAGAGUUACUCAGUUACCAUGUGGAUCUCUUGUAGUUUGCUGAGUAAGCAUACUGUAGUACAAGAACUAGCAGUAGUUUUUGUAAUGUACCUUACAGAUCUUCAACAGUUGAUCUUUUUUCAGAUUGUUGAAAACUCCUGUAAAUGCAAAUAGUCGAUACUGUAUUAAUAUGUGCACUUGGGAGUGCUUGGCUUGUACAGUUGUAAAUAAUCAGAACAUAUUAAAAAGGUACCCUACAGAGAAAAAUCUGAUAAAAAUUAUUGAUAUAUUAUAAAUGUUGCUGUUGAGCUGGAUGUAGAUAAACUAAAUGUUGUGGUUUGAGUAUUUUAAUUUUUUGAGGUUUUUUAUUUUCCUUUCUUAUACUGGUGUGUUGAACUGGUUCUGAUUCUGCCUCUUUGCUGCAAAAGGAAAUGGAAAGUCUUACAAAAAGCCUUCAAAUGCUUCAUGCUCUUAAAAAGUAUGUAAAAGCAUACUAAGCAUGUCUAAUGUGAAGGGGAUUUGAAGUAAAAGCAGAAACUGGUAGGAUUGUCAAAUGAAAUUUAAAAAUAUCUACUAAUUAAAAUCAUAUUACUACCUGUGAUUUAUCCUGCCAGAGGAAAAGAUGCCUGCUGCAUUGACCGUUUUCCUUCAGAGCAGUUUUCAUUCAGAGACAUAGGAGUAAACACAGUGCUGAUAUUUUAAAUGCCUGGUAAGGAACAUAGGAAUGAAUUUUCUUGGAGCUGUCAGAUCACUGACAGUCAAAAACAAUUGAUCUCUUGAGCCCAAACAGAUAGUAUAAACGCUGGAAGGUGAGCUCUCAGACCUAGGGUCUUUAAUGUCACAUCUUUGCUGGAAGAGGGGCCAAUGUAUUGUGAGCCAUCCUCAUCCCCAAAUUACAGUGCUCACACAGUGAGUCCUUGGUUUUUGUUUUUUUGUUUUGUUUUUAAUUUUUUAAUGAGAAAUUCUUUCCCUAAGGUGUCAGCAUUGCAGCUUGAAGCAUGUAUGGCAGAGCCAGCCAUAGGUGCUUACUGUUUGCUGGCCAGAAGUAUGAAACCUAGCCGCCACACACAGGCACGGGAGCAGGUAGGCACGUGGAAUUGCAGGUCCUCCAGGUGAGGGUGCUGCUUGCCGGCUGGACAGGUCAGACACUGUAAUUACUGUGUAACCAGGUACAGCCUGGCAUCAGGAGCUAAAACCUUGCUCAGAUGUGAUUUAUUUUAUAGCACUCUUUAAAGGAAGCAAAGAUGAUACGCCAAAUAGCUAUAUAAUGUCAAAGCAAAAACCUGAUAAUACUUUAAGAUUUUCCACCCAGAAAAAUAUGGAAGUGAUCGCCAUAGGGAAGCUGUGAGGGUGCGUGCAGGUGCAUGCAGCUUUUGCUGUGUCACAUACAGCAAAUGAUAAUGUGGUUUUGCAUACCUUUUUUUUUUUUUUGGACAAUUUACUCAUUCCUCUCAGUAUCUCAAGUUAUAGAAUUAGAGAUACAGCAGCCACAAAUGACUGUAACUUGUAAAAUUGUGUGGUGAUACUUAAUUCUCAUUUGAAAAUACAGGAAUAGGAAUGUGACUCCAUUUUACCAGACAUGAAUUUCAAGUAAUCACUAGUAGCAGUUGGUGUCAUGAUGUCUCUUAUCAGUCCUUCCUGCCAUUGUAUCUCACUGGUUGCCACUAGUGAGUGGCAAAAACGUCUUACAUUGCUGUAUUAGGGUUUCUGCAGUUUACAUUUUAAAACUGGUGUGGUGUCUCACAGCAAGCAACUGAUGGUGCAUACCUGUCUUUGUGUUCCCGUCAGUGAGCUGUAGUUGUGGGUUUGUGUGCUUUGUGGCCUGCUCCACAGAAAGCAGCAGACAAUCGAGGAUUCCAGGAGCACUAAUGCUGGGAGUCGCAGGAUGGGAGUGUAAUGUGGAAGCUUUCUUGAGGGCUUUUGUUUGUUGUUCUCCUUCUUUUCUUUAAGACUGGAAUCAAGCUUACAUGUAAACUAUUGGUAAUUUAAGUUUCCUUUUGUGUCAUUCAGUGUAAAAUUGUCUAAUUUGAAAAAAAUGUAGGUUAUGAAAAAUAAAGAUUUAGGCACUGUU